GCGCUCUCUCCGCCCCCAAGAUGGCGGCGGCGCUGAGGGGCCGCGCGGGCCCGGGCGGGGCCGCGGCGCUGUGGCGGCUCCAGAGCCGGCGGCGCAGCUCGUUCGACGUGGCCGUGGUGGGCGCGGGGAUCGUGGGUCUGGCCGCGGCCCGGGAGCUCCUCCAGCGCCACCCCUCGCUGGCCUUGGCCGUGCUGGAGAAGGAGCAGGAGCCAGCCCAUCACCAGAGUGGACACAACAGUGGUGUGAUCCACAGUGGGAUUUACUACACCCCUGGCUCCCUGAAGGCCAAGCUGUGUGUGCAGGGGGCAGCCCUGUGCUACAAAUACUGUGAGCAGAAGGGGAUUCCCUACAAGCAGUGUGGGAAGCUGAUUGUGGCUGUGGAACAGGAUGAAAUUCCAAGGCUCAAAGCUCUGUAUGAGAGGGGGCUGCAGAACAAUGUCCCAGGGCUGAAACUCAUUGGAGCCAAGGAAAUCCAGGAGAAGGAGCCCUUCUGCAGGGGACUGAUGGCCCUGGAUUCUCCCUACACUGGCAUUGUGGAUUACAAACAAGUGGCCCAGUCCUAUGCCAGGGACUUCCAGGAAGCAGGUGGGACAAUCCUGACUGAUUUUGAAGUCACAGACAUGGAGAUGGCCAAAGAAAGUUCUGCAGGAAGUCAAGAUGGGCUGAAAUACCCAGUCAUUGUUAGAAGCAAAAAGGGGCAGGAGGUCUCCUGUGGGCACAUCCUGACCUGUGCAGGGCUGCACUCCGACCGCCUGGCCCAGCUCAGUGGCUGCAGCCCCCAGCCCAGGAUUGUCCCGUUCCGGGGGGAUUACCUGGUGCUGAAACCAGAAAAGUCUUACCUGGUGAAAGGAAACAUUUACCCAGUUCCCAACCCUCGUUUCCCAUUCCUGGGGUUCCAUUUCACUCCCAGGAUGGAUGGCAGUGUCUGGCUUGGCCCUAAUGCAGUGCUGGCCUUCAAGAGAGAGGGCUACAAACCACUGGACUUCAGCCCUGGAGACUUCUUAGAAGCUGUGACCUACAGUGGGCUCUGGAAGCUGGUGCUGAGGAACGUGUCCUACGGCCUGGGGGAGCUGUACAGAGCCUUUUCCCUCAGUGCCCAGGUGAGGCAGCUGCAGAAGUUCAUCCCUGAGGUCACCACCAGUGAUGUUCUCAGGGGUCCCUCUGGUGUGAGAGCCCAGGCCCUGGACAGUGAGGGCAAUCUGGUGGAUGACUUUGUGUUUGACGGGGGCUCGGGGGCCGUGGGCAGCAGGAUCCUGCACGUCAGGAACGCUCCUUCCCCCGCCGCCACCUCCUCCCUGGCCAUCGCCGCCGCCAUCGCCGACGAGGCCCAGCGGCGCUUCCAGCUCUGAGCCCCGGCAGCAAUCCCAGCAGCAAUCCCAGCAGCAGUCCUGCCUGCUGCCCCUCUGCCACCUGGCUCUCCUCCUGAAGGACACACAGCCACCAGGCAGUGCCCAGGCAGCCUUGGCAAUGUCCUGUGCCCAUGGCGUGGUGAGGAAGGUUUGGCCGGCGGAGCAGGAGCGGCCAUGGCAGGGUCUGCAGGCACGGGCAGAGCAGGCUGGGAUCCCUCUCUGCUGGGAUUUUCAACCUGCAGGCACGGGCAGAGCAGGCUGGGAUCCCUCUCUGCUGGGAUUUUCAACCUGCAGGCACGGGCAGAGCAGGCUGGGAUCCCUCUCUGCUGGGAUUUUCAACCUGCAGGCACGGGCAGAGCAGGCUGGGAUCCCUCUCUGCUGGGAUUUUCAACCUGCAGGCACGGGCAGAGCAGGCUGGGAUCCCUCUCUGCUGGGAUUUUCAACCUGCAGGCAUGGACAGAGCAGGCUGGGAUCCCUCUCUGCUGGGAUUUUCAACCUGCAGGCACGGACAGAGCAGGCUGGGAUCCCUCUCUGCUGGGAUUUUCAGCCUGCAGGCACGGGCAGAGCAGGCUGGGAUCCCUCUCUGCUGGGAUUUUCAACCUGCAGGCACGGGCAGAGCAGGCUGGGAUCCCUCUCUGCUGGGAUUUUCAACCUGCAGGCAUGGGCAGAGCAGGCUGGGAUCCCUCUCUGCUGGGAUUUUCAACCUGCAGGCACGGGCAGAGCAGGCUGGGAUCCCUCUCUGCUGGGAUUUUCAACCUGCAGGCACGGGCAGAGCAGGCUGGGAUCCCUCUCUGCUGGGAUUUUCCACCUGGAUUUGCCAUGGCUGUGCUCACAAUGCUGCCUCCUCAGAGGGGUCUGAAAAGCCCCGGGCACGGGGGCUCUGUGUGGGCUGUGAUCCCAUUGCAGUUGGAUGUGCAGCCCUCUGGAUGACAUGGAAGUAAUGGAACAGGAGGAUAAGCCCUGCUUAAGGGCCCUGCUGAUGGGGAAUUAAAGGCUUUGUCAGAGAUUGAGAACAAUAUUCAGAGCCUUCCACGUGAAUGUAGAGCAUUUCACAGAAAAAUAAGCUUAAAGAGGAUUACCAAACCCAAGUCAAUUUAGAUCUGCAAUUCAGAUACUCUGUCUGAUCACUGUCUGUAUUUUUUAUAGAGCAGAAAUCAAAAUAUGGAUACAAACAAUCACUUUUCAUUUCAUUUACAGCUGGGAAGUCAGUGCUGAUCAGAAACUUCCAUCAGUGGCUUUGGGUUUCUUCCUUUGAAUGCUGAUGAUGCAAAAGGAGCUGAUCUUUGUCCAGCCACUUGAGCAAUCCAGGGAAAAUGGUCUUUGGAACAGGAAAUCUGAAGGGAGGGAAGCUCCAGAAACCUGCCCUGAGUCAUGGCUGGUGUUGCUUCCCUUGGAGCCCGAGCAGGGAUGAGUCAGGAAGGUUUCCCAUUUUCCCUGAGCACCAGGGGAGCUCAGCCAGGGCUGGAGACUCCUCCUUGCUCCAUGGAUACCCAGUUUUUAUCAGAGACACACCUGGAGGAGUCUGUGUGCAGGGAGAGCUGAAGUGAACUCGGUGCUGAGCUCAGGAUCUGGGAGUGUCCUGCAGAAUUGCUGCAAAGCAGAAUUUUGUGGCCUCAGGGACAAAGUAUUGAGGAUUUAAUAACAGCUGCUGGGGAACACAGAUAAUUGUGGGGAGUUUGCAGCAGAAAAUUGGACAUUAAUUUUUCCUUUAAAAGUUCUUUUCUGAGCUCCUCUGAUGGGAGUGGGUUAGCACAGGAGGGCAGCUGUGAGGCUGAUUUUACUGUAUAGAUUGGAGACACUCUUGUCAAGGGGGAAAAAGGGCUUAAUCUGCUUUUUUUAAAAUUAUUAUUAUUCCUUUUUUUUUUUUUUUUUUUUUUUUACCCUGGUAAAAUCUGCUUUACCAGCAAAUUGACUGCUGGAAAUUCAAAUACCAACCCUUUCAGAGCAAAGUUUUGGUCACUUCAGGCAGAGAUUCAGCUGUUCCAAGUCUUCCAGUGCCACAGGGCUGGGUAAAACUUCCCACAGUGGAACAAUCCUGUCUUCCCUCCCUGCCAGAAGUGUUGCCUAUCAACAGUAAAUCCUACAAAAGGAUUGCAAAAGCCACUUCCUCCCACUCGGGGUGUGGCCCUGACAUGUAUUAACAGAAUAAAGAACAUUAAAAUGCAAAGCAGACAGGGACCAGGGGGAGUCCUGAGUCAGCAUUUCCCUGUGCACUGCUUUUUCCUCUCAGGUGAUGAUUGUUUGGGGGUAAAGUUUAUUUGGAAUUGAAAUUAUGAACCCUGAUGUAGCAUUCUGCCUUUUCAGAGAUAAAAGAUUUACACUUUUGUUAUAAAAAUAAAUUCAGAGAUGAUGAUGUCAGGGUUUCAGGCAUCAGUCUUGCUGCUCACAAGUGUGAAAAUGUAUUAAUUUAUUUUCCAAAUGAGCCUCACUUUGAUCAUUUCUUAAAUGUGCCUUUUAUGAUUAAAACAGUGUGGUGGGGUUUUUUGAAGUGCUGUAAAAUCUGUGUAUUUCUCCUGACUCAGAGAAGAGUUUCACUGGAAUUUGUUAAUUCUCAGCUGUAUUAGGCAGGAUAUCACUCUGUAAUACUUCAGGGGGGGCCACAAGACCAAACUUGUCUUCCUGAAUUAUCUUAUCUGUGCUCCUCACAGCUCACAGCUCUUCCUCACUCGACAGGACUGCUCUGACCUGGGCCUGUUGGGACAGGUGGGAUGAGAAUUCCUGAAACUCUCAAUAAAUAUUUGGACAAACA